UACUUGCACUAUAAUAAUUUUACUUUAUUUGCAAAGUGACAAAAUGUGCAUCAAUUAUGCUGAGGGCCUACCGCGAAUAUCGAAAUUCGUCAAUUGCGGGCAUUUUUCUCUGUCACUCUAAUUACGUCUUAGUGAGAGUAAAAGAGAAAGAUCUCCGCAAUUUGCGAAUAUCGGUUUUUGCGGUAGGCCCUCUGGUUUACCACGUUUAUUAGCAAUUACCCGGUAUACUGUACGGACGCGAACGCCCUCUGAAUUAAUUUCAACAAGCUUUACAAUAAAGGUUUGUCCAGUUUGUCACUUGUCGCGCCAUCUAUAAUAAAAUAUCAUCACCAUUUUACAGCUUAAGGACAAAAAAAAAUCGCAUAAAGAAAGCUAGAUGGCGCAACUGAUCUGAAACGGUUGCUUACUGUUUGACAUUUUAAUAAUAAUCAACCACGCUUUGUUUUGACAUUUAAUACUCCAACUGUCACCGAAGCGUUGCCGUGCGAGCGAGCACGAUAUACGAAUCCGUGUAAGUCGGAUAAGGAUAGCGGCGCGGCGGCGCUGUGGCUUCCCGCCGUCCCCCGUACGACAGUCGCGCUCAGUUCGUUUUGCUUUGCUUGCUGUGCGUAGUUCAAUGAAGAAUUAAUUUGUUUGAACGUUAUCCAAUCGGUUAUUCGUGACUUUUGGACUGUUGGUGAACUUUGUUAGUGAUAUACGUGUGAUUGAGUGUAAAAAACAAUAUUCGGAUGGAUUGAGUGUGUAACAAUGUUACCUCCUACGGCCGGCAUAGCACAAGAGCAACGCGACCGGCCCGAAAUGGCGUAUCAGCAGCGUCGUGACGUUAGGGAGCUAACCCGGGAAAUCAUCAGGGAUGCUGCUCGAGCGGCCAACAGACAACAGUCAAUGUCGCCUGGAGCUCGCGACCGUUUUCCCUCCACAUCAUCCACAGACGACAACGAGAGCGGCACCGACGGCGAGGCCGACCGCACGCGCCGCGCCAGCAUUGUCCUAGGUCAACCCGGCCCGCCGCCCGGCAUCAUCUCCGUUCGCAAGCGCCGCGGCAACCUGCCCAAACACUCCGUCAAGAUCCUCAAGCGAUGGCUGUACGAUCACAGAUACAACGCGUACCCGAGCGACGCGGAGAAACUUACUCUCAGUCAAGAAGCCAAUCUCACUGUGCUCCAAGUAUGCAACUGGUUCAUAAACGCCCGCCGUCGCAUCCUACCGGAAAUGAUAAGACGCGAGGGCCACGACCCUCUCCACUACACCAUCUCACGCCGCGGCAAGAAGCAGCCAGGAACACCCACCGCCGGCUCCUCUGGACAACAGGUCGCUUGGGACACUGUCGAACUGGAGAUCCAAAACGAGGGCGACCGCCGCGAAGGAGAGUACGCCGAAGGGGACGGACUUCUCGUGUACCGUAGUGACGGUGAACUGGGAGAAGAAGGCUAUUCAUCAUCCGCUGUCAGCGAGGAGGAGGUCAAAUACGACCCUUCAGUGUGGCAGAGCGUCAUACGUUACGGACCGGAGGAUGCUCAUCCGGCUACUAGGGGCACGGCGGCGGUAGUGACAGUGACGACAUCAGAAGAGGAGGAGCAGGCGGCCGAGGCGGCGCGCGCGGGGGGCGGGGCGGGGGGCGGGGCCGGGGGAGGCGCGGGGGGCGGCGCCGGCGGCUGGCACCCGCAGCUCGCGCACCUGCCGCAGCUGCCGCACCCGCUGCGCACGCGCAGGCUGCAGGUGGUCCCCAGCUCUUCAGAGGGCGAGCGAGACAAGUUCAAGUGUCUGUAUCUGCUGGUUGAGACAGCUGUCGCCGUCCGCCAGCGCGAGAAAGAGCAGGAAGAGGUGCCUGUCUAGUGCGCAGAAAACAAGAAAUACAUCACCGCUUCCGAGCGGUGGCAAGCGCAGUGCCGCUAAACGGAAUUGUACCUUCUGGCUAUUAACAUAAGUACUAUUUCACCUAUUCCCGCCCAUCCUAUAUAAACACUCGAUAGAAAUAUAUUACCUAUCGAAUUAUCUCCAAACCGAGUGUUUUCACUAUAAUAAUUAGUGAUAUGACUCUAAACGCAUUGUUACUAAAUUGUAUUAGUGACAAAUAUAAUUAAAAUUUGUCAAAUUACGAGUAGGAAGUCUAUUGGAAAUGUAUGCGGUUAUGCGAUAUACAGACGUAAUAAUUACGUUUAAAACUAAAAGUUCCAUGUAGAAUCCGCUAGCCCUAUCGCCAAACUAUUGAAUUAAUAAGACAAUGGGGAGUAUUACUGAAAUGUUCUGCCGCCAGAGUGCAGCACUAGCACCUUUCGUAAACCAUAGAGUACCUUAUACAUACUGUGCCUUCAACUGUUUUUGACAAGUUUUCACAGAUAAUAAAAUAUGACAUUGAUACAUCAAGGCGGUUUGUUUACAAAGGGCCGGGAAACGCGGAAAUCGAAAUUUAGUUAUUUGCCUCUUCAUCGCUCGAAUAUGCAAGAGUGAUAGAGAGGUUACAUAACGAAAUUUCUUGUUUCGCGGUAGACCCUCAGAUUGUGAUGGAUUGUGGUAGUGGCGGCCCCUAC